ACAUAAUUUCACGAAUACUGUUGUUACAAAAGUUGUAUUUACUUUCUGCUUUAUUAAUUCAGAUGUAAUUACUUAUACAAACAAAACUAUCACUUACGUUUUGUAUUAUUUUCCUUUCACCAAAUUUUAGAGCAAAGUUAGACAAUUUCCUGUACUUUUAUUUAGCACUGCGAUACUUUAUUUACGUUUUUUGUGUUAUUAUUGUCUGUCAUGCAGGUGUUAAAGCAUUUUAUUUGACAAUGGCACUGACUGGUACAGUUAGCGUCACUGGAAGAAGUGGAGCCUUGUGCGCGGCAGAGAAAGUGAAGUGGAAUCUCAGUGUUUGUCGGCUUGUCAAGUGAAUGUUGAAGUGAGGGUGUGUUCGCCAUUUACCUGGACGGCCAUCAGUGCUCUUGUGACUACUUUACUAAACGAGGACACAGAUACAACUCUACAUUUGUAUUUAUUGUGUUAACGCUGGCUACUCUUCUGAAGAAAGCAGGGUCCGGAUUAAAGGAUGUGAAGAAGGCUCUGAGUCGGGGCUCCAAGAUGAGUGUGACCUCAUGGUUCCUGGUCAGCAGCUCAGGUACAAGACAUCGGUUGCCACCAGAGAUGAUCUUUGUAGGCCGGGAGGAGUGCGAGCUCAUGUUGCAGUCGCGCAGUGUGGACAAGCAGCAUGCUGUCGUCAACUACAACCCAGCCACAGACGAGCACAUGGUGAAGGACCUGGGCAGCCUGAAUGGGACUUUUGUGAAUGAUCUGAGAAUCCCAGACGAGACUUACAUUACCCUGAUGCUCUCUGAUGUCAUCCGCUUUGGAUAUGAUUCUCAUGUGUACAUCAUGGAGAGGAGUCAACACAAGGUGCCAGAGGAGGCUCUCAAACAUGAGAAGUACACCAGCCAGCUGCAGAUGAGUAUGAAGGCACUGGAGGCCAGGAAGAAGGAGAAGGAGAGGCAGCAUGUUAAGGAGAAGACCAGAGACUCAUCCUGCUUCAAACAGGAGAAAGCCGAGCAUAAAGCUGCCCUCGCAGCAGUGGUCAGCGAGGCUCCAGUGUCCAGACCCACUCCUCUGUAUGGGCAGCCGUUGUGGUGGGGGGAGGAUGAUGCUGAACACAGUGAAGAACAGCGGCCAGACGAGGACCCUGCAGAGAAUACUAAAGAGGGCUCCAGACAUGAGGUCAGCGGCUCCCUGUCAGACAGCCAGGCCAAGACAAUCUACUCACACCACAGGGAGCCAAGCUACUUUGAGAUUCCCACUAAGGAGUUCCAGCAGCAGGAGCUCCAUGAGGUUCCCACUAAGGACACUGACUCCCCUUCUCUCCCUGUCCCUGUUCUCCCUCCAGUCCCCACCUCCACACCCCCUGUGGUGCAGAGCCACGCCUCCUUCACCAUUGAGUUUGAUGAAUGCACACCAAGCAAGAUCAAGAUCAAGGACCAUGUGACCAAGUUUUCCUUCCGCCAGCAACGCAAGCUCCCGGGUAAGGAGGCGGUGACAGCACCUACUGAGGUGAUAUCAGCGGAGUGCAAGGUGGCUGAUUGGCUGGUCCAAAGCGAUGUGAGCAUGAUGAAGAGGAGGUCUCAGACAGAGGACAUGUUCAGCUCAAAGAGUGGCCUGCCGAUCUGCAACGAGGCUUCCACAGGCCACCACCAUGAGGAUGGGAUUCGGAGUGACUCUGAGGAUCCUGUUGUAAACGGGAAACAGGCUGUCCAAUUAAAGCCACCGAUGGGCCCUCACACAUCUCUACCACCCCAGCUGGCCCUCCCUAGACCCUUCACCAACCCUGACUCAGAGGAUCCUCAGUCUCACUCCCCUCCUCCGAGCCAGGACAAAGCAGACCCCCAGCAGGGCUUCGUCAUUGAGUUCUUUGACGACAAUCCACGCAAGAAGCGCUCACAGUCCUUCACCAACAACACAGGCCAGCUCGACAGCCCGGCCCUCAGGAACAAGCCGGAGAAAAGGUGCGGCCCCAGCACCCCCACCCAGCAGUACACCAUUCCCUUGAAGGGCCCGGGUUCUGGAGGGCCCCAGAGGGCCGGCUCCCUGAGGAGGGAGAAGAUGGAGGAUUGGAUCAGUAACGGCAUCUCCUCCUGCUCCAUCCCUCCCAGGCCGUUUAGAAGUGUGGGCCGCAGGUCCAAACUGGCCCAGGACUUCACGGCUAAGUUCCUGAGGGAGUCCAGACAGGAGUCUAGGCCGAGCAUGAACACAACCUGGGAGAAGAAUACGUCACCUGUGUCUCCUACCACCAGCCCACCACCAACAGUAGAGGCAACAGCCCCCCACUCCCACCCGCCCACACCAAGCCCCCCUCAGCCCCCUGUCCCAUACCUGACUCAGACCUCAUCCGGUGCCCACCAGUCUGUGCCCCUGAAAGCCCCUCUAAUGCCCAUGGCCCCACGCAGCCUGGAGGCCCCACGCAGCCUGGAGGCCCCACGCAGCCUGGAGGCCCCACGCAGCCUGGAGGCCCCACGCAGCCUGGAGGCCCCACGCAGCCUGGAGGCCCCACGCAGCCUGGAGGCCCCACGCAGCCUGGAGGCCCCACGCAGCCUGGAGGCCCCACGCAGCCUGGAGGCCCCACGCAGCCUGGAGGCCCCACGCAGCCUGGAGGCCCCACGCAGCCUGGAGGCCCCACGCAGCCUGGAGGCCCCACGCAGCCUGGAGGCCCCACGCAGCCUGGAGGCCCCACGCAGCCUGGAGGCCCCACGCAGCCUGGAGGCCCCACGCAGCCUGGAGGCCCCACGCAGCCUGGAGGCCACAAUCCCCAAAGGCCUGGGGAACGAGGAGGAUGAUACCUUGAGUGAAGCAGGCACCUACACCAUUGAGACAGAGGUCCAGGAUAAAGAGGUGGAGGAGGCACGCAGCAAGAUAGAACAGGUGUUUGGUGUUGUUGAGGGGCCAGAGCAGCCCGGCCAGACUGCAGCAGCAGCAUAUAAGCCUGUUGAGUUUCAGGACAGGGAGGAGCGUAGGGAGAGUAGCUUGGUGGAUCUGAUGCCAGGUCCAGGGCAGGGACAGAAUCUGGUGCAGGUCCCUGGUGGCUCUAAGUGGGUGUCUCGCUGGGCCAGCCUGGCAGACAGCUACACACACUCUGGCCCUGCCUCAGGCCUCUUCGAAAUCCCCUCACAGAUGGACCUGUCAGGAGGAGUUGGUGGGAGGACUGUCCAUCAGGCGACGCUCAGUCGGAACAUCAAUAGUGUGGAAUCGGAAGGCCAGAGUUCCAGAACACAGCGUAUUCCUUCUCAGGCACCAUCGAUGGAAAAUAAUGAAACUCCAACUCCCAGCAUUCUUAUCCAUCAGGACACUUACUUUACCUAUGAUAUUAAAGAGAGGAGCUCCAGAGUCCUUGGACCACAGGAGGACCUCCACAACCUGUCUGUACAGGACAACCUUGACCAAGACAGCCUGAGUGAUGCCAGUAAGUCAGACGACGGCUCCAUUGUGGAGCAGAGGAAGAUGCCCACACCAGAGAGGACAGACAAGAGUACAUCUCAGACCAGUAAAAAGGAGGGGCCCACACUCCCAGCCAAGUCUACAUCAUUCUACAUUGGCUCUAAGGAGACUGUGUCCAAACAGGAGCGGGGAUCGAGACCCAAUACACCUAAGAUUGAGAGAAAACCACCACCACCUCCCAACACACCACAGUUCUCCACAGCCACCCUGACCAAACAACAGGGUGGACAAGACUUUCAGAAGACAGUCAAGCUCAACUCAUCUGCUCCCAAGCUUGACUACCAGGGCAGAAACAGCCCUCAGCCCAAGGAGGUCUCAGUGUCUCUGGUCAGGCAGGAGAGCUUCAUUAAGGACCAGCCAAGUGAUGCUGCCCAGGUCACCAGACUCCCACACAUCUCCAGCCAGCCUGCUCUGAGUGACCCUGACCCUGCUGAGGCGUUCCAGGGUGUUUGCAGCCAGGACACCCACUCCUACCUCAAUGGGACCGGGGACGCUCUGGCUGCCCUGGCGGCCAAGCUCCAGGCCCAGACUGAUGUUGCUCCUUUCCCCAUAGAUGACUCUCUGUCUGGGGAGUCUGACAUGGACUCAGCGAGCACUGCCAGCCUGUGCAACAACCAAACUGCCCCCAAGACCGGAUCCAAGAAGCCCUUUAUCACUUGUGGCCUUCAGAGGGAGAGGUUCUCUGCCAGCUCCUUCACCCAGGAGCCCAGUCGCCAGCAGUCAGCCCUCGAUCGCCUGUCAGAGAAGCGGCGGUCCCAGAGAGUGGACAGCAGCAGGAAGCCUGAACAAGACAGAAGGCUGGGGAUGAGAUGCUGUGUUGUAAAACAUGGCACCAUGGACCUGAGCGAUGACCCCCAGAGCUUCAGCUUACCCUACUGGCCUGAAACCAUCUCCUCAGACCAGGAGGGCUCCCGGCCCGCUGCAUACAAGAAGUACACCGUCCCCCUGCAGAAGGAGGAUCCCACUAAGUCCUCCAAAGUGGCCCAGGCCCUAAGCCGCUCCAACAGCAUGUCUGCCCCACGGCCCACAAGAGCUUCAAUGCUUCGCCGGGCUCGCCUGGGCGAGGCAUCAGACAACGAGGUUACAGAGACGGACAGAACCUCCCAGAACUCCCAGGAAGCCAGUGGAACCUCCAAGGCCUCCCAGGACAGUAAGAAGCAGCUCUCCAGGCUGGACAUGCUGGCUCUGCCCCGGAAGAGGACUAGCUCCUUCACCACUCCCAGUGAUACAGAGUCCUCCGCACCCAGGACAGGCUUCUCCAACCGCAGCACAGAGUCCAACAGCGGCUCUGGCCUUAAGGCCUCCGUGGCCGGGCCCAGCACUAAGCCUGCGCUAGGCAGGGCCUCUGGAGCUCCAGGCAAGCUCAUCACCCGCGUCCGCUCCAGCAGUGCCAAAUACACCAGCAGCACAGCCAGCUCUAGACGACGACAGAAAGUCUCUGACUACACCUCCACCUCCGAGGAGGAAUUUGACUCUAACCAGAGCACCCUUAAACACAAACGCUCACACACCCCCUCAGCUUCCCGCUCCCAGCCUCUCAUCCCCCCACGCCCCAAACCCCGCUCACGAGACUCGGACCAGGAGAGUCACGAGGGAGACGCCUACCAGAACAGGUCCUCUCACAGUGCUGAGAUAGCAAGACUGAGUCAGGACCUGGCUAAAGAUCUGUCCGUCCUAGCCAGGGAGAUCCAUGAUGUGACUGGUGAUGCUGAUCCUCAGAGCUCUUCUGCAGUGGAGGCCAAUACACCUGUCUCUACCAUCACCGCCAGGGAGGUGUUGGUCCAUCCCAUCCCAGAGGCUGGUGUGAACUACCUUAGAGUUCCUCCUGGAUCCGCUGCAGCCAGGGACCCCGACCAAACCAUUAUGAAUGAUCAGGAAUACAACGCCAAGCACAGAGGAUGGAACCAGGAAGUGGUUGUUGUGGAUGAUCUUAUGUUGAUUCCAGUGUCCCAGAUCUCUCUGGCUAUUCGAGAAAACACAGAGCAGCUAGCUGAGAAAAUAAAGGUACUAUUCCACAACAAAACUAACGUUUGGGAGGAGAUUGAAUCAAAGCUCAAUACUGAAAAUGACAUCCCUGUCCUGAAAGGCUCUAACAAGGAAAUCACAGCUAUUCUGAAAGAGCUCAGAAGAGUUCAGAGACAACUUGAAGUCAUCAACACUAUCAUUGAGCCCAGUGGAAAUCUUGAGCCAGCCAAAGCCUCCACUCCUAGUGCCCCCUCCUCAGCCGGGUUGAAGCCAUCCAGGGCCCCUUCGAGAUACUGGAGAACCUCAGGUUCCCAGCGGGGUGGGGUUCCCUCUGCCAGCUCCAGGCCCAGUGAGAGUGUCAGGAGAUCAGUUGUGGCCUCUGAGGCAGAGAGCUACGUGGUCUGAGGUUUUGGAACACAGUGCCUCCCCUUCACUGCUGCACCACAAUUCCAGGUGUUGAGAGAGUGGAUUAGAGAGGGGGAAAUAGGCACUGCUAGGAGAACUGUGGCCCCACCGCACAAAGACACUACUGUACUGUGUGUGCACUACUAGACAACUGCAAUGCGCAUUGAACUGCCAUGGUGUGAGAAAGGGGUUGUACGAGACACAUAAAGCCAUACAGUGGUUAGUUCAGUCGAGGGAAAAUCCCUUUAAAGGCCCAAUGCAGCUCUUUUUAUAUCAAUAUAAAACAAAUUCUGGAUAACAUAAGAACCUUACUGUAAUAGAUUUAUAUUCAAAUUGACAAAAAUAACUUUUUACACAAACUAUUUCUGAAGCAAUAAUUUUGCUAGUACUGUCUGAGCGGGAAGAAAAACUGAAAACUAGCUGUUCUUAGCAGAGGUUUGGAACUCUUUGUUAUUGGUCUAUUAACCAAUUUACCGCAUGGUGAUGUCACCAUGGAAAGCCGAAAUGUCCGCCCAUGCAAACCUGCUGAUUAGAAGGACCUGUGUAGAUUGUAUUUUCAACCAGCAACUAUCAGGAUUAGUGCUAGUUUCAUCAGCUGUUGAACAAUAUGAUACAAAACACAUAAACAGAAUUUUGACUACACUGGGCCUUUAAGACGAGGUUAUUAUUCUGCCAUAUACCCUUGUUGAUCUCCCGCUCAGAAAACUUUAGCAUACUUGCAUUUGAUUGAUUUUCUGUAAUUUUAUUAAUUGGGGAAAUUUUGCCGCAAUCAGCUUAGAGCACAGAAUAUUUAAAAACAGCUUGAGUAUAUUUUAUUUAAGGAAGUAUAUAUUACUAAAGUAAUUAACUAAUACAAUUAAAGCAUAUUUUCACUUUGCUUGAUUAAAUGUAUAAGUAAAGAAUUUAUAUAAAGGAAUUCUCCAGGAUUCCUUGAUAGGUUUAUUCAAGACUUCAUCACUGCUUUCUUUGAAUAGUCACUUUCUCCCUCUAUGGACCAGACCUAUUGAAGAAUGGCUAAAGUAUUUAAUUGUAAUGAUUUAUAAAUUAUUAAAGAGUUUAUAAAUUGGCACUUGGACACUUGCUUUUGAGCAAAUAGAAUGUUAUUUUUCUGAUCUCUUAAAAGACACUGAGGCAUUUUUUAUAUAAAAUGUAAGAAUGGCUCUAGGAGUCAUUGCUUUACAAGGUAUCUCAUGUUGCCAGUAGAAACUUGUGCGUAUAUAUUCUCUAGAGUCAAAGGUAGACAUCAGGUCUGCUUCCUCUGGCACUAUCUAACACUAUAGAUUUCCUUGUUGUCAGAACUGAAAGUCUGUGUGGAAUGUAUGGUUGGGUGGGCAGGGCUGGGGGGCUUAGCGCUAGGGUAGAACGUUAGUUUUAAUCACCUAGCAACAGCCAACUUUCUGGAGUAUCUGCGUAGCUCAGCCCAGAGAUUUUAGGCUUUGAAACAGAAUAAAACAAAGGACUCAUUCAGGGCUUCUACCAGCUAGCGCCAUUUGGAAAGUGUGUUUGUAUUGCUGAUAGGUUUGAUUGUCAUAACUGGUCAGUUGAUUGCACAGCUCUCAAUAAUGUGGUCAGACAUACAGUGAGCUCUAAAAGUAUUGGGACAGUGGCACAUUUGUUGUUUUGGCUCUGUACUCCAGCACUUUGGUUUUGAAACGAUAUAAUGACUAUGAGGUUAAAGUGCACACUUAAAUUUAAUUUGGGGGUAUUUUCAUCCAUAUUGAGUGAACCGUUUAGAAAUUACAGCACUUGGUCCCCCCAUUUUAGGGGACCAAAAGUAUUGGGACAAAUUCACUUGUGUAUUAAAGUAGUCAAGUUUAGUAUUUGGUCCCGUAUUCCUCGCACGCAAUGAUAAUGAUUAUCAAGCUUGUGAAUCUACAAAGUUGUUGGAUGCAUUUGCUGUUUGUUUUGGUUGUGUUUCAGAUUAUUUUGUGCCCAAUAUAAAUGAAUGGUAAAUAAUGAAUUGUCAUUUUGGAGAUACUUUAAGAAUAUAAUGUUUCUAAACACUUCUACAUUAAAUGUGGAUGAUACCAUGAUUACUGAUAAUCCUGAAUGAAUUGUGAAUAAUGAUGAGUGGGAAAGUUACAGAUGCACAAAUCAUACCCCCCCCCCCCCCCCCUCCAAAGAAUGCUAACCUCCCCUGAUAUUGUAAUGGUGAGAGGUUAGCGUGUCUUGGGGUAUGAUAUAAUCAUGGUAGCAUCCACAUUUUAAUGUAGAAGUGUUUAGAAACAUAUUCUUACUUACAAUAAAAGUGACAAUACAAAAUGACACCGUACAUUAUUUAUCAUUCAUUUCUAUUGGGCACAAAAUAAUCUGAAACGCAACCAAAAUAAACAGCAAAUGGUUUUGGUCCCCUAAAAUGGGACUAUGUACAGAAAGUGCUGUAAUCUCUAAACGGUUCACCUGAUAUGGACUAAAAUACAUUCAAAUUAAAGUAGUCAGUCUGCACUUUAACCUCAUAGCCAUUGUAUCAUUCCAAAUCCAAAGUACUGGAGUACAGAGCUGAAACAACAACAAAAAGUGUCACUGUCCCAAUACUAUUGAAGCUCACUGUAUCUCAGGGCUGUGUACUUUCUGUUCCCUUCUUGAUUCCCCCUUCUUUGUUGAUAUCGUCAUCUGUGGCUUCAAUUUCUUGUAGAAGUUAUUAUUAACACUUUACUGACUCAAAUGCCCUCUGACAGUUUUCAGUGUCGCUUUCUGGAGAUAUUUUCUCCAGUUUCAUUGCUGUACACUCCUUCAUUCCAUCAAUAAGCACACCACACUACAUGAACUCCUGUGAUGUUGAUGCCAGUUUUAAAGGACUGUAUCAGGUGUCAACAGCAAGAUGCACUUGCUAUUUCUUGUUUUGUUCUAAUCAUUCAUCAUAAUUGUGAGCAGAAUUGUUGUGCAAUUAUACAUGAAAUAAAAAUGUCAUGUUACAUGUACAUAUCUAAGACUUGAUGAUCUAGAGAUGACCACUCCAUCUUGUAUUUUGCACUAGUGUAGUACCAUUGGGACCCUUUAACCUUAUCCUGAGAAGCUACACAUUAAGCCACCUUUUUUACUAAGGGGGUUGCUCUCAUUAUGUUAGAUUGUAUAAAUGAUAUCCUGUCCAGAAGGAAAGGAGACUGAAAAUGCAAUAAAAUAAAGGGACUACAGUCCACCACAAGUGCUUCUCCUUUUCAACAGUUUGUGUAGCUGUAUAUGAAAUUGUAAAAGGAAUUUCCCUCAGUGCCACAAAGCCUUUUGGGAUAUAUGGUUUCAUACCACAAAGUACAGUGCUUGUUUACACCCAUUGGGCUCAGUUAAAUCUGUCUCUUUGAGCUUUUGAUUGCUAUGACAUGAAGUGCUGCUGCUAUUCUGCUUUGUGAAAGUUGUAUUUCAUACAUUUCUCCAUCAAAGCUCCAGUUAAACACUUUAAUUGAGAAAUAGAUGUCAUAUGUGAGUCAAAUGUUGUAUACCUAGCUCAUAUCCCUUUAAAGUCAUGGUUUGUUUUUUGGGUUGGUUGGCUCUUGCACCCUAAACAAAGUAAUGUUAAGUUCCACAUCCUUCAGCAUCUGUUAUUUAUGAUGUUUUCCAGAAUGAAUUUCUUGGAAAGAUUAUACAUUUUGUGCAUAAUUUAGAAAAUGUGAUAAAAGAGAUUUGUAAUCAA